AUGAUUACUCCAGUCCACCGCUUCAGAGAUAUUGAAAGGAAACCUGAAUACCUCCAGCCAGAAAAGUGUGUUCCACCUCCUAGCCGCGCUUCCCUGGGAACAAUGUGGUUUAUUCGAGAUGGCUGUGGUAUUGCAUGUGCUGUCGUCACCUGGAUGCUGGUGUUCUAUGCCGACUUUGUAGUCCUUCUUGUCAUGCUAGUUCCGUCAAGAGAUUAUGUUUAUAGUGUCAUCAACGGCACAGUGUUCAACACCUUGGCUUUCCUGGCUUUGGCUUCACAUUUUCGUGCUAUGCUGACAGAUCCAGGUGCUGUACCCAAAGGUAAUGCCACCAAGGAGUUCAUCGAGAGUUUACAGCUAAAGCCAGGACAGGUGGUUUACAAGUGCCCAAAGUGUUGUAGCAUCAAACCUGACAGAGCACAUCACUGCAGUGUUUGCAAGAGGUGUAUUCAGUGUAAAGCCCAAAAAUCAUGCCCAGACUGA